AUGGAUCAUGAACCAGACGAAGAGUUCAUUACUUCAUUGGACAAGUGUAAGGAUACAUUUCUUAAUGUGUUACUAACUGGUGAAAAUCUUAGAAACUCUAGUUUGGCUGAUGAUGUAAGACCACAAGUCUAUCAUGGUGAUGACUUGCAAAGUGAUGAAUAUGAAGAAGAAAGAGUAGGUGAAAAACAAAUCAAGAGUUUAAAAGCUACUUGUGUUUGUGGUAGGAAGUUCAAACUUGGAUCUAUGGUUACUCCUGAAUGGAUAUGUAGACAUUACAUAACUGAAAUUGCAAAUAAACCUAAGGUGAAGUGA